CUGCCCCAACCUAGAGACGUCUAGAGAGAGGAGGAAAAUGGCUCCGAGCAGGGACCGCCUGCUGCACUUUGGGUUCAAGGCGACAAUGUUCUCAAACAGUGAUGAGGCUGUAAUCAAUAAAAAACUUCCCAAAGAACUCCUGCUGAGGAUAUUUUCUUUCCUGGAUGUCGUUACCCUGUGUCGCUGUGCUCAGGUCUCCAGGGCCUGGAAUGUCCUAGCUCUGGAUGGCAGUAACUGGCAACGGAUAGACCUGUUUGAUUUCCAGAGGGACAUUGAGGGCCGAGUAGUGGAAAAUAUCUCAAAACGAUGUGGAGGCUUUUUACGAAAGUUAAGUCUUCGUGGGUGUCUCGGAGUAGGAGACAAUGCAUUAAGGACCUUUGCACAAAACUGUAGGAAUAUUGAAGUACUGAGUCUCAACGGAUGUACAAAGACGACAGAUGCUACCUGCACUAGCCUUAGCAAGUUCUGCUCCAAACUCAGGCACCUCGACUUGGCUUCCUGUACAUCAAUAACAAACAUGUCUCUCAAAGCUCUGAGUGAGGGCUGUCCACUGUUGGAGCAGUUGAACAUUUCCUGGUGUGACCAAGUAACCAAGGAUGGCAUUCAAGCACUAGUGAGAGGCUGUGGGAGUCUCAAGGCCUUAUUCUUAAAAGGCUGCACUCAGCUGGAAGAUGAAGCUCUCAAGUACAUAGGUGCACACUGCCCUGAGCUGGUGACAUUGAACUUACAAACUUGCUUACAAAUCACAGAUGAAGGUCUCAUCACCAUAUGCAGAGGAUGUCAUAAGUUGCAGUCCCUCUGUGCCUCUGGGUGCUCCAAUAUCACAGAUGCCAUCCUGAACGCUCUAGGUCAGAACUGCCCUCGGCUUAGAAUAUUAGAAGUGGCCAGAUGUUCCCAGUUAACAGAUGUGGGCUUCACUACCCUGGCCAGGAAUUGCCAUGAACUUGAAAAGAUGGACCUUGAAGAAUGUGUGCAGAUCACAGAUAGCACAUUAAUCCAACUUUCAAUACACUGUCCUCGACUCCAAGUGUUGAGUCUUUCUCACUGUGAGCUGAUCACGGACGAUGGGAUUCGUCACCUAGGGAAUGGGGCCUGCGCCCACGACCAGCUGGAGGUGAUUGAGCUGGACAACUGCCCACUGAUCACCGAUGCGUCCCUGGAGCACUUGAAGAGCUGUCACAGCCUUGAGCGGAUAGAACUCUAUGACUGCCAGCAGAUCUCACGGGCUGGCAUCAAGAGACUCAGGACCCAUUUACCCAAUAUUAAAGUCCACGCCUACUUCGCCCCUGUCACUCCACCCCCAUCAGUAGGGGGCAGCAGACAGCGCUUCUGCAGAUGCUGUAUCAUCCUAUGACAGCGGAGGUGGUCAGCCUUGGUGAACUGAGUAUUUAAUGACACUUCUAGACAUACCAUGGAGUCUCUCCGGUGGAAGCAACCCCAGCGUCCUGGGCAAGGGUUACAAAGCGAGGGCAGCGUCCAGAUCCCCAGAGCCACACACACAGGCACUUCACUCCAUCUGCUGUCGUUCUGUGACCAUGGCGCUGAGGUUCACACUGGCUGUCACAAGUGGGCUGGUAAAACAACCGUUGCAGUUGGACAUGCCCAGAAGCAGCUGCAGGCUGUGGUAGAGGGAGGGGACGUUCCAGCAGAGCCCAGUGUCACUGCUUCUGUGGUUUCUUUAUUUUAUUAAGGGGUGUCUGUGGGGGUUUUGAAACAGUAACUGUGAUCCUCCAGGGUGAGAGGUAGCAUGGGAAACAAUAUAUGACGUAUCCAGGGACCAGAAAGAAAACUUCUCUGCAUCCUAGAACUGGUAGCCAUCCACUGGGAGAUGCCUACACAACUUCUGGGCUUCCUUGUUCCCAUGCUAACAUGCUGAGCAUGCUCACAGAGAAGGCGCAUCCACUCAUCUGCUCUUUUAGCAUUUGACCCAGAGGUUUUUUUAGCGGCUGCAUUGAAAUCACUGGGGUCCAAAUAGAAUUCCUUUUCUUAUCUGCUCAGUUUGUCACUGUAUGUCACUGCACCCGUCUUCCGUUCUCUCGCUCACUGCCGCUCUCUUUCUCGUCCAGUCUGUCCUCCUCAGGAUGCUGCCCAUUCGGUUGUUACUCUGUUGCUGUUGUGUUUACAGUUUGCAUUUUGGAUGAAUUAGUUGGGGUCACCAAACAUUUUUAAAAGAAACAUCAAUAAAUAUUUUUUUAAUCUAACUUUUACCAUCAGGGGACCCUGCCUGAAUCUUUGCCAGUCUGGAAAGAAAUUUUAAAAAAAAAGCAGGAAAGUUAUGAUAAGAAGUAGUCAGACUGUAUGGAUGAUAAGAAACUUUCCUUUUGGUUUCUGUUGUAUCCUAUGCUGUAAGUUUGUUUGUGUGCUGUGCACUGUCCCCAGCACAUUUCCUUCCUACCACCCGCUGAGCUUACUAAGACAAGAGAAGUGCAUUAGUGUGUGGGGUGGGUGACAAAUCCCCAAACUGAGCCUGAAUGUCCCCGCUGCCCAAGCUCAAGCACAAAUGACCAACGUCCUGUGCCGACAGGCAUGUGGGUGCGAUCUCCACCUGUGUCUGAGUUCCUUAAACUACCUGCUUUGCAGCAGUGCUGCUGGGGUGGGGGCUGUGCUGGUUUCUUGAUCCCCUCCCACAGUUAAUUCUAUCAGGGAUACAAGAAGGGCCCUGUAAUGGCAGGUUGCCUGUGUGUUGACGGAAGACCUGAGCAUAUCAGCUGUCUCUCUGCAGACUUCCUCUGAAAGGGGAUAUGAAGACAGCCAGGUGGAAGCCCUGGGGCAGCCAGAGAGCCUGGAGAGGGAAUGAGCACCAGGCCUGGGCACCUGACACCAGAGCAGAGGGAGCAGGUUUAGUACUUAUGGCUCAGAGCCAAGAAAAGACUCUUUAAAGAAACUCAGAAAACGAGAGAAAUUAAAUGACGGUCUAAGGCACAUUUCUAAACCCCAAUGGUAGAGCCUUGUGUGAUUUGUAGUAGGGUAUGGGGGAAAGGGGCUUUUAGGACAUGGAUGUGCAAACCUGUGAUCCUGGUGUGUUAAAAGGGCUGUCUUAAUGCUAUAGGUACAGGUUCUGCCAAAAUACAUAGAAGUCUUAAGUCUGAUGUACCUCUCCAGCAAUGUAGAAAACAGUCAGAUGAAAGGCCUUCAUUCUAUACUACACGAUUUAUUUAUCAUAUUAAACCUAUUUAAAAUCUGAUUUUAUUAUGUUCAUUCGAAAGCUAAAUUACUUGUGUUUUUAUUCCUUUCCCCCUUUAUGUUCACAUUACCUUGACAGAAAUCUCUUUUCCUCUGAGACUGUCUUGUUACAUUGCUCACCUGGCUGGUCUCGGGCACCUGGACUCCAGUUACCCUCCUCCACCUUAGCCAGCACCCUGAGUGGCUGGGACUUGGAUGGCUAGUACUGCUUUGCCUGACAGGGCUAUUUGUGAACCUCCCACUCCCUCCCCCAGACAGAGUCUUACUCUGUAGCCCUGACUGGCCUGGAAUUUGUGGUUAUUUUCUUGCCUCGGCCUCCUAAAUGCUGGGAGUAUAAAGUUAGACUCGGUGCAAACAUACUCAUAAACACACUUGCAAAUGUAUUUAGAUGUAGAUCCCCCUAGGGUCUUUCAGACUAAACCAAAAGAAAUUGAGGGUCCGUCUGCUCUAAAGUAUGUUGUUUGAUUUUUUUUCUCCUAAGUGCCUAACAAGUUGGCAGUAAGACCUGAACACUGAGCAGGUGGUGGACACGGAUUUGAUUGGCCCAGUCUAAGUCAUUCAGGGACAUUUUUCCAUUAAACUUUGAAUGCGUCUCUUUUUUUUAAUAUUGUGUCAAAAAGUCUUAAAUGCUAUCUUCUCAGAGUGUAUUGCCACACGCAGGUUCAUUGGCUUUGUCUUGGUGACCCCUGUGGGCAAAUCACAACCUUUCUGGGCCAAGAACACAAGUCAGAAGGAGGAGGCCUGCUGAUGUAUAGCACCUGCUGCAUAUGGUCAGGCGAGCGUCCUGCUCCUUUCUCGGGUAACAGCAGGCCCAUCAUGCUUAGAGGAGUAGAGAGAAGCACUGACCUCUGAACCCAAGUGCUAGCUUCCCACACCCAGAAUACUCUUUAAGAAUUCAAUAGGGUUUUGGUUUGGUUGGUUGGGUUUGGGUUUGUUUUUAGGACUGGGGAUGGAACAGGGCCUUCUCAAGCAUCAAGCAAAUGUUCUACCACAGAGCCACAUCUUCAGCCCUAGUACUGCAUAACAUGAAAAACCUCUUUUGAGAAAGCCUACUGGGGGCUACCGCAGUGGCCAGAAGGGGAAGCACUUCUCAUGCGGUCUUACUAGAGUUCAGCCUCCAGAACAUUCAAAAGAGAGACCGGGAUGGAAUUCCAGCACUCCUGUAGCCAGGUGGAGGCAGGAGAAUAAGCCAAAAGCUUGAGGCCCUCCAUCCUGGAGUGCAUAACACUGACAGAAGCAAAAUAGACCCUGCCUUAACAAGGUGUGGAAGGAGAGAGCAGCUCCAGACUGUCCUUUGACCUCCAUACAAGGCGUGGCACAAACAUUCACAGGCAUAAACAUGCACUUUCACAAUAAACUACGAAAAUGAGGUAUAGUUGUUUGUGCAAAAGAUGCAGAGCUGAAAGAUUGCUGCAAGUACCAAGUCAGGUGGGGACACAUCGCAAGGAACGGUCUCUGGGAGUGGGGGUGGGGGGGAGCCCGUUGGUCCAUUUGUCUCAUUUACACCCACUUCAGAACACGCCUUCUACAAUGGGGGAAAAUAGUGACUAGCUAAAAGCUCUAGAAUGAGAUGGGGCCUCCGGGCUGAGGUCUGAGAUGAAAAGGCUCUUUCUUGUUUGAGGUCAACCUUGGCUACACUGUGACACUGUUUCAGCAUGCCAAGCAAAAAGAAUAAGGUACCCUCAAAGAUGUUGCCCUAAGCCUCCAGGUGGCUAGUGGGGAUUGCUGUUAUCUCUGGAGAAAGUUCUUGAAUAUACAGACAACCUCAGUUGUAGGCCCUGCUUCCCUGUGUCAUCUGUGAUAUUCCACCACCAUUAGCUGCUGCCAUUUUAUUAGCCCUAUGGAUGUGGCCGUCAGUCCUUCCAAUUCUUUCAGCACCCACCCUGCCCUCUGUCUAAAAGCUCUGUUGCAUUGUGGAACAUGUCAAGUCUAGCACCUUUGGAUUCCUUUCCCUGGUGUCAGUAAGCUGUGAUGGGCAGAACUAGAUUCAGUACAGUGGGGCGGAAAUGGCUUGGGAUGUGACUUACAUGAUGGUCCAUGGGGUUUGGUUUUUGGCUUAGAGUUGAAUUUGAGGUCUAACUGAUGUCUCUGAGGAGUAAAGGACCUAAUGUCCAUCUCUCCCAGUAUUUGAAAUAUUAAACCGCUCUACUUAAUGUUUUAGAAAUGUGUUUUACUGCCCCUGUUCUCGCCCUGACAGCCUCCCUGGAUGUGAAAGUAUUCCUAUGUCUACUAGGUUGAUGUAGCAGACAUGUAAGUCAGAAAUGGUGUUUUAAACAUUUCCCAGGGAAAGUUGGUGAGUUGCUUACCACGCUUUGUUAGGGUGUUCUGCACCGUUUGGAGUGUUUGUUGUAGCUAUGGGGCACUGACAUCCAAUCUGGACUAUUUGUAGCUGUGGGCCACUGAAGUCUAUUUGAUAUUUUCAGUUGUCUUUUAAAAUGUGUUUGAAACAUGCCUUGACAUGACAUUGUUAGGGCAUAGGAAAGUUGUCACUGAAAAGAGGAGAGUGACUCCCUCCCUGUCCGUGGGCAGCGUUGUAGGUGACAGUGUUGAGACUUGGAAAUCCUCAGAUCGUGACUGAUCUUGGGCUGUUAAGAUGGCUUGGCUGUGACUGUUUGCAGGCCAAGUCCAACCACCUGACUUGUGACGCCGAAGGAACAGAACUGAUGGCUGGAAAUUGUUCUGGCUUCCAUGGACGUACGUACCAUGCAAUCCAUGUGCACACCUGCAUUAUAAUUAAAGAUUAUUUAAACAAGGCUUAUUGCUCCAAAGUCAGGCAGCUCAUCUCUAGUCAUCAGUGAGAGCGUGGACAAGAACAGGCUCUGCUGAGCCUUUUCUGAAUUGUGUAGGUGGGUUUCUGUGCUGAUAGACCAGAGGAUAAGCCCAGCCUUCUCGGAGAAGAGCUAGUGUGUUUGCUUGGAGGUCUUGAAGCAGAAACCCUUAUAUGACCUGAGGACAAAAAUGUCUAAGUCAGAAUGAUGAGAGAGAGUAGGAAUCUCAAACCACCUCAUCUUUAUUUCUAUCUUAAGUCUGCAUCAGAAGAUGCAAAAGGCAGUGUGAUUAGCCCUGCUGAUUGAGAAUGAAAUUUGGCUGUAAAUACAAUAUCCAAAUGUCCUGACUUCACGCAUCUUUAUUCGCCAGCAAUAAUAUAUAUAUAUGCUAUUUAAGCACCGGCUGUUGUAAUCCUGCCUUCUUUUACCUGCUGGACACUACCAUAGGAGGCAGGCGAGUUGUUUCUGUGAAGGGCUCUGGAGAUUCCCAUUCGAGCCAGAUCCACUGUGCUGUGCACUUUGACUUCUCGGGAUGUCAUUUCUGCGUCUCUGGAGGGUUUCCACUAUCAUCCUCUCGUUUGAGUCUGAAUGACUCUUGGGAGUUUAGAAAGUUAUAUGUAAUAUUUGAGAGGGAAAAGCUGUUCUACAAACCACAUGUAGUGUGUUGGAGAACCUGCAAUUCUUUGGUCUCUGCCACAUGAGUAUGUUUGGUCUAAGGCUUUGUGGAGUCAAGUUUACAAAAGUGUCAGUACUUCUCAGCCAGAAUGGCUUGUAGAACAAGAACCGUGAACAAGCAGAAACCUAGUGAUCCUUUCCACUCUGUGUCCCCCAGGAGUUGGCAUGGGGAAAUGACAGCCAAGGCUCCUAAGAGGAUGCUUUGCCUCAGGAAGAGCAUCUUUCCUGAGCUCAUAGACUGUUCCUUCCCACAUGACGCAUUUGCUGGUUUUUUUCUUGGCGUCAACUCCAUGCCCUUUGGGUGGCAAUAAGGGCUUCCUUGCUUCUGGGCACAGCGUUAGUACCAGGCCAGGAGUGUAAACAGUGGACAAUAGUUCUUCCCCCUAGGAUGAAGUAGUGGUAGACAGGUGUCGUCUGCCAGGUCCCAGGAGAUCUUUGAAGUUAGUCUUUUGCUCCAUUUACUGUGUUAGCUCCAAUCUGCCCUGUAUUGCUGCUUAUGUGUGUUUCUUCGUGUACCCUAACAUUUCCCUCACAGCUCCCCAAAACAUUCAACCAUUUGUUGUUUGUAGCACUGGAGAACAGGGAUCUCUGAAGUCUUGAAGAUGACUGAGUGGUGUGGGUCAUUAGUUAGCUCCCUCCCCAGAGACACGAGUGUCCCGGUGCUGCCUCAGUGAGAGGAGCCUCGCUGUCGCUGUCCGGGUUUCCGUAGGAAGGCUUGCUCCUUGUAAGGAUCAUUUCUCACAUGUUUCUGACGACUGUUAAUCUCUAACAAGUAGGAGUGUGAGCCUGAUUCCCAUGACACCCUCCCUGACACACUAACACCUAGGUCCUCUUGACAUGUCCAUCCCAGAAUCUUUAGGCCAGCUCUUCCUCCCUCAUGUGACCCCAGAACUGACCCCAGGAAUCAGAGAUUCCCUCUGGAAGAGGCUUGAGCCCACUGUCUCUGCUCUAUCCACUCUGGCCGCCUCCUUUUUCCUCCCAGGAACUAUUUCCAGUUACUAUUUCCUGGUGGCUCUGCUCACCCUUGCCCACCUUCCAGUGACCCUGAGGGCUCAGGCCUGAGUGCCCUGCUUGGACUGUGCAGAGCUCAGAGCACUGUGAGGACCGCCCGCCCCUUCCUGUCAGGCUGCUCGGGGACAGAUGGAUUGGUACCUGGUGCUGUCUGCAGAACUCAGUCUUCAGUCCUGCGCCCCCCCCCCCACUCUGCUGACUCCCUGAGGGGUAGCAGGGCAGUCACAGUGUGAUCCCUGUGCCCUAGCUGCUGGCCUGACCUGGACUUAGCUGUAUGGGGGCUGCUGCUUGCUUGUUUUCUCACCAGGCCUGCGCCAACACUCGGCCACUCCCCAGGCCCCGAACUGUUCCCCAGUGGGGACUUAACACCACGUUCCAUUAGCUAAGUGACUGUAUGUACACCUCAUACUUCAGCAUCCGAGGAUGUGGGGGUGAGGAGGAUUGUUCUAAAGAAAUAAAAUCCAAGGAGGCAGUAGAUGAUUCUUUUUGCUUUAAAAUCUUUGGACUAAAGAUAUGUUUUUAUAUAUAUAAAUAUAUAAAGUAAAUUGUUAUGUAACUAUUAUUGUUUCCUGUAUGUUCUAAUUUUGUUUUAUGAUGUAAUUAAAGAAAAUAAGCCGUGAA